UUCCUUAUACACGGCAUAUGCAUAUGUAUAUAUUAAGCCAUUAGUCAAAUGUAUUCUUUCAGUUGUGAAAGAUCAUGGGAACCGUUAUCGACUCCCAUUUUUUAGCCCUCACAGCUAUUGUCACUGUGUGUUAUCAGUUGUUGUUCUUUGUAAUCACAGCACUUCUCAAGUUCGAUAAAGUCACUGACUUCGCAGGAAGCACAAACUUUGUUAUAAUUGCUGUGUUGACCCUGGUUGUCAAAGGAUCAUGGCAUUUUCGACAGGUUGUUUUGACCUUGCUUGUAGUAGUAUGGGGCUUUCGGCUGGGAUUUUUUCUAUUGCUGAGGAUUUUGCAAUGGGGAGAAGAUCGACGCUUUGAUGAAAUGCGUAGUAACUUGGGCAAAUUGGCAAUUUUUUGGAUAUUUCAGGCUGUCUGGGUGUGGACUGUGAGUUUACCCGUCACAAUUGUUAAUGCAAGUGAUAGAGAUCCUUCUCUUCAAGCUGUGGACAUAAUUGGGUGGAUUAUGUGGUCAAUAGGUGUUAUUGUUGAAGCUAUAGCUGAUCAACAAAAACUAGCAUUCAAAAACUCCGCAGUAAAUAGAGGGAAGUGGUGCAAUGUUGGACUUUGGAAAUACUCUCGUCAUCCAAACUAUUUCGGUGAGAUUUUCCUUUGGUGGGGUGUCUUUGUGGCUUCCACACCUGUGCUGGAAGGUGCUGAAUGGCUUGUUAUAUUUGGGCCAUUGUUCCUUACAUUGUUGCUUCUUUUUGUCAGUGGCAUACCUAUGCUUGAGGUGUCAGCAGAUAAAAAGUUCGGCAAUGUGGAUGGAUACAGGCUGUACAAAAGAAAUACCAGCCCUCUGAUACUGCUGCCGCCUGUCUUAUAUGGGAACUUACCCUCAUGGUUCAAAACAGCUUUCCUGUUUGAGUUUCCUUUCUACAGUCGAAAUCUUCCUCAAGAAGGCCCAAACUGUGAUUUACUGUCUGUGUAAGGUGUAGAACAAGUUCCAAUGAGAGUUGCAGUGGAUUGAAGAUGGGUUAGCCACAGAGGAUGCUAGUGAUAUGAUAUUGUAAUGAUUUAUUAAUGUGUCUUCGGCUCAAAUAUGUUACUUAUGAACCAAUGUCAUGUGAAUUCAAUAUUAACCAUGAGGACCCUAUCUGUGGGGCUUUCUCGUGGGGCACUAAAGUUUAGUCCCAAGGCAGUUGGUGUGUCAGAAAUUGACCUGAAUUUGAAUGCAUUGAUCAUGUUAUUUUUUUUUUUCAAAAGCCCCAAGGCUUGACCAUUCAUCAUUUAUGCUUUGACCUCGAAUACAUGAAAGGAAUUAUAUGAUUUGUUGUUUGCUAAAGAAUAA